UCACUUCAUUGCAGCGCUGCUUGUUCCUGUUGUGGUCGGGAUAGAUGGUGCACAUGACAUGUGCCUCUGCUAGAAGAUUAUUUACCUCUGAUGUGCUCCGUUUUUUGUUGAAUACACAAUUGUUGAAUACGUAGACCUUUCAAAGGUUGCGUCUUUGCGUGAAAAGAUGGUGUUUUACUUUAAAAGCGCCGUUGUCUCGCCGACCUAUACCAUCUAUAUGGGCAAAGAUAAAUAUGAAAAUGAAGAUCUUAUAAAAUAUGGAUGGCCUGAAGAUAUUUGGUUCCACGUGGACAAGCUCUCAUCUGCCCAUGUAUAUCUAAGAAUGCCCAAGGGAACAACGAUAGAAGAAAUACCAAAAGACGUGCUUAUCGACUGUGCCCAGCUUGUCAAAAACAACAGCAUUCAAGGUUGCAAAAUGAACAACAUUAAUGUCGUCUACACGCCAUGGGGCAAUCUGAAAAAAACAACAGACAUGGAUGUCGGGCAGAUAGGCUUCCAUCGACAGAAGGAGGUGAAAAUUGUGGCAGUAGAAAAGAAAAUCAACGAAGUCGUCAACAGACUAGAGAAAACAAAAGAGGAGCGGUAUCCUGAUCUUGCAGCGGAGAAAGAGUCCCGGGACAGGGAGGAAAGAAACGAGAAGAAGGCUCAAUUACAAGAGCAGAAGAAAAAGGAGAAGGAGGAGACGAAGAAGAAAAAGGAGAUGGAAGAAUUAAGGAAUUAUUCAUCACUUAUGAAGAGUGACAACAUGACCACAAAUGAGGGUGGCUACGAUUCAGAUGACUUCAUGUAAAGAAAAGGAACGAGUCUGCAGUUAGGAAGAAAUAACAUCUUCCCCCACAUUAUCUUUCUUGUGAAAGGAAAGGACCUGAGACAUCAAAUAUGAGCCAUCAAUAAGAAACAGCACUCGGGCUGAUAAAGCGCCAUGCCAGGGCCAGGAGCUUUUCUUUGAAAGUAGCUGUCGUUUCUUUGAAAAUACAAAUGCAAUAUGUAAAAUAUGUAAAGAAUAAAAUAGAUUAGAUUGCUCUUUUAAACCAGAAGAAUUUAAAGAUCUCUGCUGAUUCUGUAUAUUAAACAGUUUUGUUGUUGGUGUUUUUGGAGGAAUUAAAGAUACUCGCUGUGGAGAUGUGGUAAUGGAUCUGUAAUUGAUAAACCUUUUUGGAGUGAUCCAAUUGAAUGACAAAUGCCUAAUUUUUUUUUGUUUUUGAUGUCCCAAACCAAAUAAAUCUUUGAUUUACUCAGUUAA